AUGCCUAACUCUACAAUCAUCCCUCUCAGAUUCUCUCCCGUUUGGCUCGUCCGCGAUAUGAGUGUUUACAACUCUAUCCUCGCGGCCUUGGGCUCGUCGGUCGUCUAUCUCUUCUACAAGCUCUACCGUCGUGUUACGAGAAUCUCGAUCGCACACGUUCCAGGGCCUGAACCCGAGUCUUUUUGGUUGGGCAACUUACGUGAAUUGUUCCAAAGUCAGGCCGGUGUCCCGGAUUUCAAGUACCAACGAGAGUUCGGGGACGUCGUUCGCGUCAAGGGCGCGUUGGGGGAGGACCGGCUGUUCAUCUCCGACCCCAAGGCUUUACAAUACAUCAUCCAUACCUCAGGUUACGCGUAUCCGAAGUGGCCUGAGCGGACUGAAAUUUCUCGUGUUCUGAUGGGACGAGGACUGCUUUGGGCAGAUGGCGAGAUCCACAAGCGUCAGCGUAAGGUCAUGCUUCCGGGCUUUGGGGUUCCCGAGUCCAAGUCCUACGUCCCUAUUUUCCGAAGGGUCGGCGCAGAGCUGACAGCACAGUGGUCUGACAUCCUCGCCAGUUCUGCCGACCAGUCGGCGGUACUGAACGUGGCUAACUGGCUGUCUCGUACAACCAUGGACUCCAUUGGUGAAGCCGCCUUUGAUUACCACUUUGGUGCCCUUGCGAACCAAGAGAAUGAAUUCAUGGAAGCAUACCUCGGUUUAAUGUCUGAUACGUUAGGAUCGCCUUCGACUUCUGCCAUUUUCAUGCAGACCGUGAUGCCGUUGUGGUAUCUUCAAUUGAUGUCAAGGUUUUCCAGGAAGAGGAACUUGGUUCAUGCCAGACACACCGCGAAGCUCGCGAAUGCAGUGGCGAAGGAGCUCGUCAACUCCAAGGCAGAAGCGUUAUUGCAAGGAAAAGGAAACAAGGAUAUUUUGUCCCUCUUAGUGAAGGCAAAUGCGUCCGAGAAUGCGGAGACGAGAUUGACCGAGGAAGAGAUAUACGCCCAGAUGAGAACCAUUUUGCUAGCUGGGCAUGAAACUAGUGCGACCACGCUAUGCUGGGUGCUGCUCGAACUCGCUCGUCACCCAGAAGUUCAAGAAAAACUUCGCAAAGAAAUCCGUGAUACUGAGCGAGCUAUCCGUGCCCGCGGAGGUUCAGAUUUCACCGCGACUGACCUCGAUAACAUGACGUACCUUCAUGCCGUGAUCAAGGAAUCGAUGAGAUUCCAUCCGGCUCUGUAUCAGAACUAUCGCCAAGCUGCUCGAGACGACGUUCUCCCUCUUUCCAAGCCCAUUGUGGGGCCAGAUGGUGAACUCACCAAUAAGCUGCCGAUUCCUAAAGGAACGAAGAUUAUUCUGUCCAUCGCGGCCUACAACAGGAAUCAAGAAGUGUUCGGAGAAGACGCUCAUGAAUACAACCCCGAGCGUUGGCUGAGCGACAGAGAAAAGAAGGGACCAACCUUGGGCGUCUACGGCAAUCUGUUGACCUUCGCAGGCGGAAUAAGGACCUGCAUCGGAUGGCGCUUUGCGCUCUACGAGGUCUUGUCAUUGACGGUCGAAAUCAUCAGUAACUUUGAGCUGGCCCCGUCUCCGGAUAUUCAGCGACUUCGACGUGAGGCGUGCUUGGUUAUGCUUCCGACACUUGAAGGAGAGGAGCUGAAAGGAGAGCAGCUUCCUCUCAAGAUCACUUUGGCUGCUCGCGACUAGAUCAUUGUACAGUUUUCUCUACUUCUCCGUACUCGACGAUCUUGGCUACGAUUUAUGCAUUUGUACAUACUAUUAUCCCACAAAAAGCAUCUUUUGGUUCA